AUGUACCGCAAAUUUCUCGUCUUCGUUCUCGCAACACUUUUACUACCUAAUAAAUACGAUGCAACCAAUCAAACCAAGGGCCUUCUAGAUUUCCUCUUCUUGAACGACCAAUGCGAUUGCGCAUGCGGUGUUCCGAAUCGCGAGGCCAAAUUGUUGGGUGGAGAAUAUCUGAGAACAAACGAAUUUCCAUGGAUGGCCCAGAUCCAGGUGCGUGGAGAUUUCGUCAUCCCAGGCACCCUGAUCAACGACAGAUACGUGAUCACCUCAGCAUCAACGAUUAUCGGGUUAACUCCAUACGAUUUGAAGGUGACUUUGGGGCAAUUCGAUCGCUGCUUUCCGGACGUUUCAUCGCAGAACGUAAGCGUCGACGCGAUCAAAUUGCAUCCGGAUUUCAGUCCGGGAAAUCGCGCUCACGAUUUGGCUCUGGUUAAACUCAGUAGUCCGAUUAAUUUCGAUAGGAAGAUCAAUCCGAUUUGCAUUGCUUUACCAGGUGCCAAGUAUGUCGGGCAAGUUGGGACUGUUGUCGGAUGGGCGGAAGGAUCGAGCGCGGAUAGUUCUUGCAGACCGAGGAAGUUGGGUCUUCCCAUUCUCGAUUACGAUAGAUGCGUUGGUACGGCUUUGGACUCGCAAUACACGAGUUUGGAUAAGGGCUGUCUGGGCGUGAUUGGGGCUAAGAGCGUAAUUUGCGAGACUGAUGCUGGAGGUCCCGUGAUGUACAGAUCUUACAACAGAGUUUACGAACUUAUUGGAAUUCUCUCCGAUAAAAACGGUUGCGCAGAUUUACCGAGCACGGCGCUCUACACCAGAAUCGGCGAUCAUUUGAGAUGGAUCAAGGAGGCUACCAAAGAUGCAUGCUACUGUAUCAAGUCUUAGAACAAAUAGUUAAUUUAAAAGGGUAGAUAGGGUAGACAGGAUGAAUCGGAGAUCCUCUCGUAGAUCCA